UAAUAAUAUGGCAAUUACUCAAUCAGUAUAGUUUUGGAAAAUUUGGAGGCAACAUCAUUAACAGAUGAGCACUUUAGAGACGAGCAUUGGUAUGGAGGUGGGGAGAGAAGGAACAAUAAAAUGAAGAGAGAGCAAUUGGAGCUGCCAAUGAGUAACCCCCAAUAAAAAAAAUAAAGUAAAACAAAAUAAAGUGAUAGAGAGUUGAGAUGGUUCAACAAUUUGCAUUUGGAUACCAGAGAUUGCCCCAUAAGGAAAGCAACCUCGAUUAGUGUUGAAGGGCCUUAGAGGAGAAAACCUAAGUGAACUUGGAUUGAGCAAUUAAGAAAGAAUGAAUGCUUGUUCAUUUAGUGAGGAUUAUGCCCUUUUUUUUUUCUUGAAUAAUAACUGAAAUUUAUUGCAGAAAAGAAAACCGCUACAAAGAGAAAAGAAAAAGGAGAUGAUGACCAAUCAUCCCCAAAGAAACAAAAAAUUCCCCCCAACUAAAUGCUGCAUCUUUACCCCACAUUGGAUCUACAACAUUAUUAUAGUGAAGUGUAAGAUGCUGCUUAAUGAAAUUCUUUAUGAAAACUGAUCACCUAUAGGCAAGGUACCAGUUGUGGUACUGCUACAUUUUUUUUUCGUCAAAAUGCUGCUGGUGUAGGACAUUGGUAUCAUGAAAAAAGUAAGCCUCAGAAUGAAGGUUACCUGACACACAAAUCCGGCGAGUCUGCUCAUCAAGUCAGUCACUCUGUUAGAGUCAAUGUAAAACCGGCAGUCUGACUUAACAUACAGGCGUUGCCCACCUAGUGAGUGGAUCAGCCUGAUUUUCGAGAAGGGUGAUCUUCAUAGCAGCACUUAUCUUUUUCAUGGUACUGUUUUCCAACGCAGGUGGCAGGUUGGAGGGGAGGAUAGUAACCCAAGUCAUGGUAGCAUUACCUUGUCUUGUGUGAAAUGCAUCCUCCUCUGACGCUGCAUAGGCACCCUAUGUGCGCUGAAAUUAUUGAACUGUUCCAGAAGUGUCACACAGACCAUCCUGUUGCCAAGUUCUUUGGCAAGUGUACAGAUCUCAAGAUAAAACUGGACCGCUGUUUCCGAGAGGAAAAAGCUUUGAAGCGAAAAGCAAACUUUGAAGAGAGCAAGAAGUUGAAGGAAAGGUUACAGGCUUACAGAAAAGCAACUGCGGAGAAGAGCUCAGAAUAAUGUCUCAAAUACACUACCAUUUUUAGAGCUUUGCUAACCACUAACACAUGUGUAAUGAAGCUCAUGCACAUGCCACAGAUGUGCCAGCAUGCCAUGAUAGGUCAUAGAUCCAAUCCAUUCAUCAGAAAGGAACCACCAUAUUGAUGCCCUAUCUCAAGAAUCAGGUUGAUCCACUGGUCUGGUGGGCGCCUGUUUGAAUACAAAUGUACUGCUCUGAAAAACUUGCUUGAAGUUUUCUACCGAUUCCCACCUUCCCAAUAUUUGGGCCCACAUGCUGAGCAGACCCAGAUUUAUUUUUGGGAUAACAUGUAGAAGGUUGGACCAACCUGAUGGAUUGAUUGGAUCUUGCACCUAGGUGCCAUGCUGGCAUUUGUGGCAUGUACAUGCGCUUUGUUGUACAUGCAUUUGCACUUAGCAAAGCUCCCAUUUUUAUACUAAACCCAUGUUUAACAAAAUAACUUCCGGAUAAUGUACAAACGUUUCAUUCAUCUGUUAUACAACAUUUUGUUGUUAGAGUUGGAAAA